UUGAAGUGGCUCCUCCGGGGUGUUUGAACAGGAAGGCGGACAUGUUGGUCGGCUUGUGGGAGAAAAUUGUGCAUCUUCUGCUGUGUCCCCUCGCCGAUAGCAACUAAAAUACACCCUACGUCCAGCUCGCAGGAGACGGAUCUUGGGAAUAACGCCGUUUUGUACGUGGAAGCCGCCGGCAGUUGGCGACACCGCAGAAAGGGACUGCAGCAGAACCGUUAAACGCCGUACACACUUGGUGUUUGAACUGAAAUUUGCAAGAAGCAGAAGUUUUUUUCUGCUACACUUCCACCACUUCUUCUUUUGAGCUGUCAGAUUAGUUUGUCGCUCUCCCUGCAAGGACCUGGCACAAAAAUGGGAACAGGCCUGGACUAACUGUGACGCAAGUGUCCACAAAGUGCGAUGUUUUAAACUACAUGUUUUGUGUGAAUGCAACAUUUUAUUCGAAUUUGUUAUUAUCCCGUGUGGGCAUCCUGUGGAGACUGACUAGUCUGUCGCUGCAUUGAGCAUUUUUUGCAACUCAAGUUUGUUUGCCAGCCACGUUGGAAAGUAUCUUUCACACCAAAAAAAUGUGGCUUUUGUACAUCGAGCGGGACCUCCAACGUUUUAUCGUAUGUGAACCAUCCAGGAGAACGAUGUGUUUUCUUUAAGUUGACGCGGAAAAGUUGACACGAAGAAAAAAAGAACAUUUGGCUAGCUAGCUGGCUAGCUAGCGAUCAGUUGGCUUGCUAAAGCUAGCUAGCCUCGCUGGUGGUGAGCUCCUUGUUUUUUUUGUUUGUUCCCAACGAGACAUAAACUGGACUUCCUUCAAAGGCGAAGAUGUCUUCCAGGGAAAGUAUGGAGGCUCGAUUUGAGAAGAUCGAUGCCAUGCUGCAGGACCCCAAGUCGGAAAUAAACACGGAUUGUCUUCUGGACGGCCUGGAUGCACUCGUGUACGACCUGGACUUUCCUGCCCUGAGGAAAAACAAGAGUAUUGACAACUUCUUGAAUAGAUAUAAGGAUACUAUUAGUAAAAUUCGGGACCUGCGUAUGAAAGCGGAAGACUAUGAAGUGGUCAAGGUCAUUGGGAGAGGUGCAUUUGGGGAGGUGCAGCUGGUGAGACACAAAGCCACAAGCAAAGUGUACGCCAUGAAGCUGCUGAGCAAGUUUGAGAUGAUUAAAAGGUCGGACUCUGCUUUCUUCUGGGAGGAGAGAGACAUCAUGGCUUUUGCUGACAGCUCCUGGGUGGUGCAGCUAUUUUUUGCAUUUCAAGACGAUCGCUACCUCUACAUGGUGAUGGAGUACAUGCCCGGCGGCGACUUAGUCAACCUGAUGAGCAAUUACGACGUGCCGGAGAAGUGGGCUCGCUUUUACACAGCAGAAGUGGUGCUGGCACUGGAUGGUAUCCACGCCAUGGGCUUCAUUCACAGGGAUGUUAAGCCUGAUAACAUGUUGCUGGACAAAGCAGGCCACUUAAAACUGGCAGAUUUUGGAACCUGCAUGAAAAUGAACAAGGAUGGUAUGGUACGAUGCGACACAGCUGUGGGGACGCCAGACUACAUUUCGCCCGAGGUACUGAAAUCCCAAGGAGGAGACGGCUAUUAUGGCAGAGAGUGCGACUGGUGGUCCGUGGGAGUGUUCCUGUACGAAAUGCUAGUUGGCGACACGCCGUUUUAUGCCGACUCACUUGUCGGCACCUACAGUAAAAUCAUGAACCACAAGAAUGCCCUGACCUUCCCCGAUGACAGCAACAUCUCUAACGACGCCAAGAACCUCAUCUGUGCCUUCCUGACGGACAGGGACAUUCGCCUGGGUAGGAACGGUGUAGAUGAGAUCAAGAGACAUCCUUUCUUCAAGAAUGAUCAGUGGACAUGGGAGAACAUCAGGGAAACGGCGGCCCCUGUAGUGCCCGAACUGAGCAGUGACAUUGACACCAGUAACUUUGAUGACAUUGAAGAGGACCGUGGCGAGGAAGAGACCUUCCCAAUACCAAAGGCCUUCGUGGGCAACCAGCUCCCCUUUGUGGGCUUCACUUACUACAGCAAUCAGCAUAUUUUGCGCAGCUCUACUGCAGCUACAAAGACAAGUGACAAACGUAGCAGCUCAAAAAAGGAGGACAAAAGUCACCUGGAGAACUUGCAGAAAAGAGUCUACCAGCUGGAGGAGCAGCUCCACAGUGAGAUGCAACAGAAGGAUGAGUUGGAACAGAAAUGCAGGACCUCCAACAUCAAGAUUGAAAAGAUCAUGAAAGAACUGGACGAGGAGGCCAACUUGAGGAAAAGCAUGGAGGCAAGCAUGUCUUUGCUGGAGAAGGACAAGAUCAUGCUGCAGCACAGAUUCACAGAGUCCCAACGAAAAGCUGAUCAAGAGGCAGAAAAAAGACGCAAUUUGGAAAAUGAAGUGUCCACUCUAAAAGAGCAACUUGAAGACAUGAGGAAGAUCAGCCAGACCUCACAGGCUUCAAACGACAAGAUUGCACAGCUGCAGAGUCAGUUGGAGGAGGCCAACGACUUGCUACGGGCAGAGUCGGACACCGCGGCAAGGCUAAGGAAGAACCACACAGAGAUGGCCAAGUCCAUGAGCCAGCUGGAGAACUUGAACCGGGAGCUGCAGGAGAGGAGCCGCGCUGCUGACGGGGAAAAGGCCCAGCUGGACAAGGAGCUCCUGCUUCUCCAGAGCACCUUGGACUCUGAGAGGAGGAACUACAGCCUGGGCUCAGAGGAGAUCCGGGACCUGCAAGCGAGGAUGGCAGGGCUGCAGGAGGACAAUAAAAACUUAAAGCUCACCGUCUCCAAAGUGGAGGCAGAGCGCAAACAGGCCCAGGAGAGAAGCAAUAACUUGGAGAAGGAUAAGAACAACCUGGAGAUAGACCUGAACUACAAACUGAAGACCCUGCAGCAACGUCUAGAGCAGGAGCAGACUGAGCACGGGGUGACACGUGCACAAUUGACUGACAAAUACGAAUCCAUUGAAGAGGCCAAAUCGGCAGCCAUGAAUGCUGUCCAGGUGAAGAUGUCAGAAGAGAAUGGAGCGAGGAUGCGAGCAGAGAGUCGCGUGGUGGAGGUGGAGAAGCAGUGCUCCAUGUUGGAGUUUGACCUCAAACAGUCCGUGCAGAAGAUAGAACAGCUGAUGAAGCAGAAGGAAAGGCUGGAGGAUGACCUCAAGAAUCUGAGGUUACAAGUGGAGCAGGAGUCCAGCAAGCGCAUCCUGACUCAGAAUGAGCUGAAGACCCGCAUGCAGGAGGUCGAUCGGCUGCGGUGUUCAGAGAAGCAGCUCAAACAGGAGAUCAAUACGGUGCUGGAAAGCAAACGCUCGCUGGAGUUUCAACUGGCGCAGCUGACAAAACAAUACAGAGGCAACGAAGGACAGAUGAGGGAGCUGCAGGACCAGCUUGAGGCUGAACAGUAUUUUUCUACGCUUUACAAAACUCAGGUUAAAGAGCUGAAAGAGGAAAUAGAGGAAAGGAACCGGCAGGUACAAGAAACUCAUAAAAAGGUGCAGGAGCUGUGCAGUGAAAGGGAGUCCCUGUCUGCUCAGCUGGAUCUGACCGUGACAAAGGCGGAGUCGGAACAGCUGGCCCGGGCACUUCAGGAGGAGCAGUACUUUGAGCUCAGCCAAGAGAGCAAGAAGACUGUCACGAGACACAAGCAGGAGGUCUUAGACAAGGAGGCGACUAUUGCACGACUUGAAGAUUCCUAUAAAACUCUGACCAAAGAUGUGGAGAAUCUCACCAAAGAGAAGGCAGAGUUAAAUGAGAAGCUAAGCACUCAGGAGGAAGAGUAUGCAGCACAGAAGGAGGAGAUUGCAAAUACAAUUAAAGCCAACUAUGAGAAGAUCCUCAACACAGAGCGGACUCUCAAGACCCAGGCGGUGAACAAGCUGGCGGAGAUCAUGAACCGAAAGGACAUGAAACUGGACCAGAAAAAGAAGGGCAGCACCGCUGACCUGCGGAAGAAAGAGAAAGAGAACCGCAAGCUGCAGCUGGAGCUCAACCAGGAGAAGGAAAAGUUUAACCACAUGGCCAUCAAGUAUCAGAAGGAGCUUAGUGAGAUGCAGGCGCAACUGGCAGAGGAGUGCACGUAUCGCAAUGAGCUUCAGAUGCAGCUGGACAGCAAGGAGAGUGACAUCGAGCAGCUACGGGAGAAACUCAACGACCUGCAGCAGCGCAUGGACAAUUCCAGCAUCACCAGCCUGCUGACGGACGAGACAGAUAGCAACAUCGCAGAAUCCAGACUGGAGGGCUGGCUAUCCAUUCCUAACCGCACUAAUAUUAAGCGAUACGGAUGGAAGAAGCAGUAUGUUGUGGUGAGCAGCAAGAAGAUCUUGUUCUACAAUGAUGAGCAAGAUAAGGAGCAGUCCAACCCUUCUAUGGUACUAGAUAUCGACAAACUGUUCCACGUUAGACCAGUGACACAAGGAGACGUGUACAGAGCUGAGACUGAAGAGAUUCCAAGAAUAUUCCAGAUCCUGUACGCCAACGAGGGCGAGUGCAGGAAAGAGGCCGACAUCGAGGCGAUCCCCCAGGGCGACAAGGCCAACUGUCUCCCGCACAAAGGCCAUGAGUUUAUCCCCACCUUGUAUCACUUCCCUUCCAACUGCGAGGCCUGCUCCAAGCCGCUGUGGCACGUCUUCAAGCCACCACCGGCACUUGAGUGCCGCCGCUGCCACGUCAAGUGCCACAAGGACCACCUGGACAAGAAGGAGGAUGUCAUCGCUCCUUGCAAAGUUAACUACGACGUGACCUCUGCCCGCGACAUGCUCCUGCUGGCCUUGACCCAAGACGAACAGAAGAAGUGGAUUGGCCAUCUUGGAAAGAAGAUACCCAAAACCCCACCCACCACAUUUUCGAGAGCCUCACCUCGCUCCAUGUCCACUCGCCCUGGACCCAACCAGUCCUUCCGCAAAAACCCUAAAAGCAAUACGACAAAACUGAGCUAACCGUCUCAACCAUUGGAUUUGUAGUUUCUGGACUAUUCCUAUACUUUCCCUCCCUCCCCUCCUUCCUCGUGCAUUGUGUUGAGCACUGUAUUAGCAAAUAAGCAAGACACAAAGGCGUGAUGGACAUUGAGAGAGGCCUGAAUAACCCACCCACCCCACACCACACCAUCCUGCAAGUCCAUCACUGUCUCGCAGCUCUACAUUUGUACCAGAAGAGGGCACCCUCGUCCUGAAGGCCAAACGUCAAGCUGGACAGGACACGUGGAGACAUUAUUUUUUAAAUACAUGACACUUGUGGUGGACAGUUGGGAAGGGGUGUUAGCUGGGACUUUAAGGUACUGUCAUCCAGGGAUUGCAGUGAUUGUAUCUCAGGGGUGGACACAUGGAAUAACAUGCCUGACAAGAUCCUGGCGUUAAAUGCAAACAAACUUCCGUUCAACAAACAUGACUGAUGCCUUCAUCUAUAAUUCUCUCUCUGGCCUUUUUUUUUUUUUUUAAUUCGUACUACUCUCCAAGUCAAGUUUAUCAGAUUUGGAACAGUAUUUGGGACGUGAGUAUUAUUAGAUGUUUUUUGCGUGAGGAGCAUGUAAGAUCAUCAUUAAAUCUAUGCAUUAUUUUAUUCUAAUUAUUUGUAUUGCUCCAAGCCAUAAAUAAGGAUGCUUCCAUUGUAAUGGCAUAUAGGAGUCCUAAAAGUUCCAUCACUUUUUGUUUAUUUGGUACAUUGUCUUGUGAUAUGUAUUUUUUUUUCUUGUAUUUUUUUGUAAUGUAUUGCCUUACAUUGACUCAUAGAUAAAUGGUUCAAAAAGGAAAGCAUUAAGUUAACAAAUGUAAAACUGCACUGUUUGAAUUGUAAAUUAUUUGAAGAAGACUAAACAGGUGUAGCAUUUGGCCCACCUAGUGCCUUAUUAGCCUUUUGGAUAUUGAUUUUACUGCCAUAUCUUUUUUUUUUUCCUCCUCCAAAACGAGACAAAUCAUAAUGCUUCCAUCUUAUUACUUUUUUUUAACUGCCAUAUAUGUGUGGUUUUAUUGUAAUUUGCUUUCUCUGGUUUGAGUAUAUAAACUAUAUAUAUAUUAGAUUACCUCUUUUUGGACGCAUUGCAAUGAAAUUAUAUAAUUAUAAAAAGGCCCAAGACUCCACUCAUAUCAUGACAGAUGAUAUCAUGACAGGUGGUGUAGCUAAAAAGAAGCCACUUUGUCUUUAACGCGCCAUGGUCUCGUGAAUGCAAGACACCCCCUCUGAAGUGUAAAUAAUGAAAGAGAGAGACAUAUGGAUUAUGGGACUUACCUCCACAUUUUUUUAAAAAAAACUUUUUGUUCGGUUAAGAGAAGAAAAAAAGCACUGGAACUCUGAUCUACUCUGGUCUUGGAUAAUUAAGUUGCAUGGUUUAUUUGCAUUGGAGUCCGCACUGAUGGAUAUGUCAAUAAACAUAUCUUUAUCAUUCACUGUA